UCAACAGUCCUUGGAUCAGAUGUCAGACUUUUAGUUUUUAUCAAAAAGAAAAGUAUCCGCUACCUCCAUUCAGAAAAAAAAAAAAUAGAAAAUUUUAAUUUGAAAAUUCUGGUAAUAAAUUAAAUGAAUUGUUUUGGAAAUGUUUUGGUCAACACUUAGCCGGGCCUUCACCAGGCGACAGAACUCCUCAGCAUCUGCUGGUCCGCCAAAGAAGCCAUCGGGAUCCGAUGGUCCGCCAAAGCCACCGGGAUCUGGUGGUCGGUCAAAGAAGCCACCGGGAUCUGGCGGUCCGCCAAAGAAGCCACCAAAGAAAACGGCUGAGUGCGAGACUCGAACGAUGUGCAACCCAGGCGCGUAUUGCGCCGAGUCCGAUAGGUUUAUCUCCAUGUGGGAUCCCCCGAAGAACCGCCGCAAGCCAUAUCCCUUCAUAGUCAGCCGCUCCAAUGCGCUCUGCUGCGAGCCGAACUGCACCAAGCCGCUGCCCUCGUUCGAUGAGCUCUACUACUGGCCUUCGUGCAAGAACAAGAAGUACCAGAAGCACUGGGUGGAGUGCCCGCAGUUUAUGAUGCGCGUGAAGAAGGUCUGCGCCUACGACAAGCUGGAGGCCCUCAUAGGGGAGUCGAAUUUAUCUGGGCCCUGCCCCCAUUUGGCCCAGCUCGCCCGCUGCAUAAAGGGCCGUAAGCCUCCCAUAUGCUUCAAGGCCAAGACGCCCUCCUGCUGCCGCCGACUAUGCGCCCCCAUGCCUUGCUGGUCCGAGUGCAAGAAGCCUCCGCUGGCCAAGAAGCCCCGCCGCCCGGCCGAGUGCGAGUGCAAGAGGCCGAUCAGUCUCUGCGAGGUGGAGCGCGGACGCGUGUAUGCCUUGAAGCAUGGCGAGAAUCAUGUGUGUCCUGCCGCCAUCAAGAGAUACAAGGAGAGGAAGGCUAAGGAAGCCGCGAAGGCGAAAAAGGAUAAGGGUCAGAGGAAGAAUAAAUCGGCCAAGGAUGCCAAGAAGGAAAAGUGCAAGAAGAGCAAGAAAUCAAAGAAAGAUAGCAAAAAAAAAAAAUAAUAAAUUCUAAAUUUUGUUUUAAAUUUCGACGACCCAUCUGGAUGACCACUCUAACCAAAUGGCUUUACCACUAAAAUCCUAUUUUGAGAACUCCAAUCUACGCCCAAAGUUUCAUUUUAAAUCCAAUCGAAGAAAUUUGGGAAUGAAGAACCUCUCCCGAAAUGGCGUGAGAAAUAAAAUAUCAAAAGAGAA